CGCCACUUGACAGACAGACAUAGUUCGAUUCACUGAACAGAGAAUAUUAUACCUCCUCGCACUAGGUCGCCUACUAGGUUUUCAUUUAGAUCGACAAUGUCUCGAGCAUUAAUCGCUCUCAUUUAAUACACUAUUCCCUAUCAUUUUCAGCUAGCCUCUCAGCAAUCACUUAUGGCAUACUGUUCGCCUGGACAUCACCCUUCAUAGUCAAAAUAGUAGCAGACAAAGACGACUAUGAUAUAUCGGAAGACCAAGCCAGCUACUUCACUGUGAUAGCACCGAUACUGAUGAUCUUCUCCUGUCCAAUCUUCAGCAAAAUCAGCGAUCGUUUCGGAAGGAAAAUCACGCUGCUCUUGCUGCCCAUCCCACAAAUCCUGGCGCUGGUCAUGACGAUAGUGUCCAAUGAUCUGUGGAUCCUCUACUUGUCCAGAGUCUUUGUGGGCAUAGGGGAUGGGUGUCUCUACUCGACUCUUCCAGUGUACAUAGGGGAGAUAUCUGUGCCUAGUAUACGAGGCGUUUGCGGGAAUUUGGUCAGCGUCUUCAUUUUGCUGGGCGUGUUUCUUAUCAACGUCAUAGGGACUUACCUGGACGUGAUGAUGACUGCUUACAUAUGCAUGAUAGUGCCUGUGGUGUAUUUUAUACUGAUGCUUUUUAUGCCCGAGUCUCCGUACUACCAUUUGACGAAAAAUGACGAAAUCAGUGCCAAAACUUCUCUUCGACGACUCAGAGGCAUCCAAAACGUAGACGAAAUAUUCUCCAAGCUGAAACUAGAUCUGGACAACAACCUCUCUCAAGCUGGCACCUGGACAGAACUUGUAACCAUCAAGAGCAACCGAAGAGCUCUCAUCGCAGGCGUGUUCCUCAGAAUUUCCCACCAAUUAGGAGGCGCAGCCACGUUCAACGUUUACACCAAGCUGAUUUUCGAAAAGUCCGGCGCUGAACUGGGCUCUGAAAUCCCCAGUAUGAUAUCUAGCGGGCUGGGGGUCUUUUUCAUCCUAAUAUCCGGUUAUUUUAUUGAAAAGUUGGGGAGGAAGACCUCCUACUUGUUCUCGCUGAGCAGUUGUGGCCUUGUGCUGAUCCUCAUGGCGAUUUAUUUUUACUUGGAUCAAUGUGUAUCAAGUCUGGACCUCUCGGAGGUCAAGUGGCUACCGAUAGCAGGGAUGAUUCUAUUUUAUGUUUUCAAUUCCUUCGGAUUAUUCAAUAUACCCACUCUGAUGUCUGGCGAGAUUUUUUCCACGAGUAUUAAAGCUAAAGCGAUGAGCAUAGUGACACUGACUUUUGGGUUAUUUAUGUUUUUGGCGAAUACUAUUUUCCACAUUUUGGAAGCUCAGGUGGGGCUUUUCGCUGCUAUGUUGUUUUUUGGUGUCGCAAAUAUUGUGUCGGUAGUUUUGACAGUAUUUUUGAUUCCUGAGACUAAGGGGAAAACUCUUGAAGAAAUUCAGCAGAUUUUGGGGGGGUGAAUCAGUUAGCUAUGAAAAUUAAAGUAUUAAAUUGAUCAAAUAGGCACUGUGUGAAAAUUUUUCCAGAUUUCUCAAGAGUUUCUCUCCUUGCUUCUCUGAAUGAAAAUGAGUAUUAUUUCAUUAAACAUGUAGUGAGUACGAAUCAGAUGAUUUGCUUAAAAACCCUUGUCACCGCAUUCAAAAAUUUCACUAUUAGAGAGUCUUGAAGAAAAAUUCAAACGAGAAUCAGUGACACCUCGUUUUGAAUAUUGUUUGAAGAAGAGGUAUAUUGAAAAUAUAUUAUUAUGCAUGCGGAUACUUUGAUUUUUCUACAUGAAUAGAGAAAUGAUACACAUAUUUUAAUUGAUAGAGAAGAGGAGAAAAUUACAAAAAACUGUAAAACUCAAUGUUCCACUUCCUCGAUCAACCCAUAGACAUUAUGUAUAUAGAUUUCACAUAUUUUCUCUUUAUAAGAAUGAUAGAGCUUAUUAUAGUCAAUACAGAUUCAUGAAUGAAAAAAACCAAAGUCAUAUCUACAACUUUUAUUUGAAUGAACAGAGAUCAAUCACGCAGGUACAUUUUUCGAGCUCAUGUAAGCCAAUCAUUUGACAUUUGACAAUGAAUGGGCAAAACCAAGACACUAUGCACCA